UAUAUAUUUCUGCUGAUUUAAAAAGCUGUCACUUAUUUUCAUCAAUUUUUUAGGAAUAAAUAAUAUAACAUCCCUGAUACAAAUGAAAAGUCUUCCGAACAAAACGUAAAAGCGCCAAGUAUUUGAAUGAAAUUUAUAAGAAAUACAAAAGCAGUAAGUGUAUUAUUGCUCGUUCUUUAACAAUAUGUAUAGAUUAAUAUGUAAUAGAUUGCUUUUAAGAAGACAUAACACAAGAAAGCAGUGAAAGUAUUCGUAAUGGAAGGUUCAAACAAACUAUCCGAGGUGCAACAAAAGAAGGACAAUCUUAGCAAGGAUAGAGAUUUAAAACUGCAAAGAAAGAUUUUAUAUGAGUUAGCAUGUUAUGUCCGAAUUUCUUCCUCUAACAUUAACGCCUUAAAAACAUCAGAUUUAUUGAAUGCAGAUGCAAGCGAGCCACCAAAAAAUCCAAAUGAGGCGUUUGAGGCAUUGGGUAACUCAAGAAAAUGCUCUAUGUCUGGUAUUGAGAAGAAAGAAAACGUUGGAAAUUUCGGUGUCAAUGAGAAACUUAAAACCAUUUCUGAUGUGAAUGAUAAACUUAAUACCAGGGAAGAUUUGAGGGUUACGAUAAACUCUAAAAAAGGUCCCGAAUAUAAGCGUCUCAAGAAAAACCACUACCUUCGUAUAUAAUAUGACUAUAUAAUAUUUAUUUAACUGAACUCCAAACUAACCGUUUAACAUAUCAUUUUAUAAUUUUACAAACAACU